UAAUUUUUUUUUUUAUUCUUAUUGUAUGAACAUGAAUCAUUGCACGCCGGUUUCACCUUGCACGGUUAUCUUAACCAAACCCCCCCCCCCCGCACCACCCGGGUUUGCGGCGCAAUCAGGUGCGCGUCCCUCAUUGGCUGCCGGCCGCGCAGGGGCGGGGUUUACAGUUCCUGGCCGCACCCCUUGCGCUCGCCUGCUUGACAAGGGGGGGGGUGGGGGGUGGACGACAACCCAGGAGCGCAGCGGCCCUCGGUCACUCCGCACUGGUGGAAAAAUAUGGUGCCGAGAGGAGCUCAUCCUGCGCUCCACCGCCACAGCGACUAAAUCCACAGCGAGCGCUCACACUCGGGUGUUGUUUUCUUGUGCCCUGCUGUCACUUUGCACCAGAAUGUGCGUGGAGGGCGACGGAUGCGAGGUGGAGGGCUGCGGCCGUUCGGACGAAGUGCGCACGCUGUCGGGCGGCGUGAGCACCGCGCUCAAAUCCAACCCGGACCUGCGCGCCUGCAAACCCGGGCACAAAUUUCGAGCCGCGCUGCUCCGAUGCCGCUCGCCGGCCGUCGCCGCCGGGAUCCUCAGUUUCGGGAACGUGCUCAACUACAUGGACAGAUGCACAGUAGCCGGCGUCGCGCUUGACAUCCAGAAGCAUUACGAGGUGUCGGACAGCGUCGUGGCCUUGUUGCAAACAGUGUUCAUCUGCAGCUUCAUGGUGGCAGCUCCCAUCUUCGGUUACCUGGGCGACCGCUUCAACAGGAAGGCCAUCCUGAGCUGCGGCAUUUUCUUUUGGUCCACCGUCACGCUGUUGAGCUCCUUCAUCAGCAAAGAGUACUACUGGCUGUUCGUGCUCUCCCGGGGGCUGGUGGGCAUUGGAGAGUCCAGCUACUCGUCCAUCUCCCCCACCAUCAUAGGAGACUUGUUCACCAAUAACAGGCGCACCAUGAUGCUCUCUUUCUUCUACUUGGCCAUCCCUUUGGGAAGCGGAUUGGGUUACAUCCUGGGCACCAGCGCCAAGGUAGCUUCAGGAGACUGGCACUGGGCACUGAGGGUGACUCCGGUUUUGGGGAUGACCGCAGCCACCCUGAUCAUGCUCUUUGUGCCUGAGCCAAAGCGAGGAAGCGCCGACCAGAUGGGAGGACGCAUCAAGACCCGCACGUCGUGGCUGUGUGACAUGAAGGCGCUCGCUAAAAAUCGGAGUUACGUGUUCUCGUCCCUGGCGUCCGCCGCCGUCUCUUUUGCUACGGGUGCGUUCGGGAUGUGGAUUCCCAUCUACCUUGCCAGAGCUCAGGUGGUCCAGAAGACCGCAGAACCGUGCGACACCAAAGAAAUCUGCAGCAGCACAGAAAGUCUUGUCUUCGGGGCAAUCACUUGCGUCACGGGCCUGUUGGGCGUGCUCAUCGGGGCCGCCACCACGCGCAUGUGCCGGAAGAAGACGGAGCGAGCGGAUCCCCUCGUGUGCGCCGUCAGCAUGCUGGGCUCGGCCAUCUUCAUCUGCCUUAUUUUUGUCGUGGCAAAGAAGAGCAUCACAGGAGCUUACGUCUGCAUCUUCAUAGGAGAGACGCUGCUCUUCCUGAACUGGGCCAUCACGGCUGACAUUUUAAUGUUUGUGGUUAUUCCCACGCGGAGAGCAACAGCGGUGGCGUUCCAGAGCUUCACCUCUCACCUGCUGGGUGAUGCGGGAAGUCCAUACCUAAUUGGUCUGAUCUCUGACAGCCUUCGCGAGAGCUACGCGACGUCGGCGCUGUGGCGCUUCCUCAGUCUGGGCUACGCCCUCAUGCUCUGUCCCUUCAUCAUCGUCCUGGGCGGCAUGUUCUUCCUGGCCACCGCGCUCUUCUUUCUGGAUGACCGAGAGAAGGCUCAGAAUCAGUUGAGCCAGCUCUCUCGGCCCUCCGCUUCGGUCAAGGUGUGAUGAGGUGACAACCGAGUGAAGAAGCAGCAAAGAGGAGCUCAAAUUCCGGGGGGCAGCUGUUUUCCAAACCACACCCGUGCGCCUCCCCGCCGCCGCUCCUCUAAACGCAUCCGCGGAAACGCUUCUUAACUGGACUCGAGGGCGCGUCUUGCCCCUCCUCGGGAGUCGCCUCUCGAAAUCGCGAGCUGGUGAGAAGGUGCCCGGCGGCGUGCCGAAGCCUGCCAACUUGACAGCUGGUGUCUGUGAGGAUCCACUGAACUUUCACUCCGAGAGGGAGGAGGUGACCUCUGUGACAUCUCCUGAUGCCAUACUACUGAAUGCUGACCAUGAACCUACCCUGUCUGUCUGUCUGUCUGUCUGUCUGCCUGCCUGCCUGCUUGUCCGUCAGUUGGCUGUCAAUCUGCACCAAGUGCCAUUGUGUCAUUACAUUCCUUCAGACUUUGCACUGACCACCCUCAUGACAUCACCGCCGACGAUGUUUACAUGCACCGUUCAGCCUUUCGUACGGAAAGACAACGUAUUAUGCCCCCGCCCUCCGGCCCGUCCAAAGCCUGGAAACAGACCAAAAAACUGCAAACGUAAUGCAGGGCAACUUAAGUAAAACCUGCGAGUGUGAAGCAAAGUCGUUACCUGCCGCCAUGGCGUUACAAGCAAGGCUGCGCCGUGCGUGCAAACAUAGUCUGCGCCCGAGAGCCAAAACGUGUGAUCGUGCGUGGGUCAGUGAAUCGGCCUUAAAAGCGCUCCUGUCCGCACAGCAAGCCAGCUGUUCCCGACGAGCCUCGUAUGCAAAUCCUUUUGAGCUUUGAGCACUUCAAAUCGGUGUGUGCCAGAGAACGUGACCGGGACGGGAGAAAGUUCACAAAAUGAUCUCUCGUUUGCAAUGAUCUGGCUUUUUCUAUGUGAGGUCAAAGGAGGUUACUGCCUGGGAUUGUUGUUGAGGGAUCAACAUGAUACAAUCUGGGUGCUUUAAAAAGGACACUGGAUGAUAUAUUUUAUAAUUUAUUGUAUGUAUAUAUGCCCCCCCCCCCCCCCAAAAAAAAAAUGAAUGGAAUUAUUAUUGUGACUUGGGGAUGUAUAAAGGGGUGUUUUGAUGUACGUGGGAAGCAAUACUUGUGUUUUGUGGAAGCUUUUUAGCCACACUGCCUUAUCAUUGAGCUGGCUUUCUCCCUCUCUGAUGCUUGGUUUAGAAUUUCUGGACAAAAGAAGAGUUCAGUCCAGCCCACACCGGAUAGAACAACAUCUACCCCUCUUGUCUAUAUUUGAGCUAUCACGCCUUGACUAGAAAAGAACCUUUGACGUGAGCUGCAGUCGCAAGCCAUUAGUUUAUUGCUGAAGGAAAUCUAAAUCCCAGACAGGAAGAGGAAAUGUUCCAACAGAUAAGCGAGCAUCGCUAACCCCCAACCCCAGCCCCCCCCCCUUUGUCCAUGAGGGGAUUCAAGCCGGACAAUUAUUUAAAAACAUGCAGCAGUCGCGCCGCACUGAACGCAUGAAGCUGCUGCUGUAGCUUCUGAGGAAAAGAAUUGGUUAGUUGGACUGCAAAUUGUUCAUGAUAAUGCAAAACAUUUUGACAGUACCUGUUAGAAGCAAGUUGACUGAAACCACGAAUAAAGUUUGAAAACAGGCGCGUGCGAGCACUUUCAGGCUUGCAAGGAAACAGGCGUGAUCGGGAAGCGAUGACCUUGGUGGAGGAAUUAGACGUUACUGGAGGCGUGUGAGCGGCACCGACGGGACCCGCGCGCGGGCUGUGCCCUUGCUCUCGGAUGAUUAGCUUUAGCUUCGCUGAGCGCGGUGGUGUCCGACCGACGCGUUUGUACACGUGCAACGACUACAGCUAACUUCUUACCUUGGGUUCAUUUUUUUUAUCAUUACCAAACGUGCAGCAAUCGUAAUAUAUUGUAAAGUGAUGGCUCGGAUGCAAUGUAUUUAUGACUAAUCUGUAAAGGGAAUUGUUAGGCUUGUUUAAAUUACACUUUGUCAUUGUCAUUGGGGUUUGAGACAACUGCUUGUGCUUCCUUUUGUAUCUAAAUCAAAACAAUCACAUUUUUUUUUUUUUUUUUUUUUUUCUAAGAACCAACAUGUUGAACCAUUUUGCACAUUCAACGUUCAGGGAUUUUAUUUCAAUCCAUGUCGCCGCCUCUACCCUACUGGUCAUUUCAUGCGCACAUCCAAGCGUUUGUCACCAAGUGGGUUGCCAAAUUUCGUUGAUCUAGCGCCAGUCCUUCAGUAUCUGUUGUAAUCUAGGAAAGCUACGUUAAAUCAUCAUUCGAGCGAUGUAUCGAGAAUGCACUAUUUCUUGUCGUACAAGAAUCUGUAUAUAAAGAAACCUGUUCUAUUUCUGGUGUUUGUGCAGAAAACGAGGUUAUUUUUAUUUGUAGGCAGGUUGACCCGAGAGAAGCGUGAACAGAUAUUAUUGAUAUUAUCUAGAAAUGAACUGUGAUGCUCCCGUCAGGGGUCGAUUCAAAAUGUACACAGCUGCAAUUCAAAUAAACAAAGUAUUUAAUCACCUUUA